UCGAAACGAAAAUAACGCAUUAUCAAUAGUACAUGGUCGGCGAGACUUUAAGAUCCUCAACACUAAGAGAAAAUUAAAAAAACAAAUAGUAAAAAAUAAAUCAAUAUUAAUGAAAUAAAAAACACAUUAUGUUUUAUUGAAUUCUUAUUUAUAACAAAAAUUUUAAUUUAAAUCAUACAAGCAAUUGCCUUUUAAUAAUAACUGGUACUUAUCAUAAUUUGGGCUAGAGAUGUUGGCCGUACAUCGAUAAUCGCGGCUAUUACUUGAAUAUGAACAAACUGGACAGUUAUUAUUAAAUAUUUAAUUUUUCUCGAGAGGACAUAUAGCGCUAUCUCUACAGGUAUAAAUUAACAAAAAAAAUGUCGCCAAUUAUUUGAUUGCCGUGGCUUAUCUGUGUGUAUUUAAUUUAUGACUUUACACACAUUAUAUUUAAAUAUCAAUGAAUUAGAAUAAAAUAUGGUUAUGGUAUUAGACGAACCAUAAAAAAACGCUUAGUGUCAUCGAAGACCUCAGAUAAUUAACAGAACAUAGAUAUCUAUAAUAUAGAUAUCCUUAUAAUAUUUAUUCGAAUAUUAUGUUUCAACUUCUUUACAGUUUUUUAUUCAACAUUUCAUACAAUUGUGAAAUUAUGUAUCUGACGGUUACUGUAAAAAACUAACAAACUCAUAUUAUUAUUCAAUAUAAAUAUAUUUAAACAAUUGGAAGAAGGUACUUUACAAAUAAUUGUUAAUGUUACUCACUAUGUUUUGCAGAACUUUACCAAAAGCUAACGUGUUGUUAUAGUGAAUCUUAUUUAUCAUAAUUCAACAAUGGAAAACAGUUCAGAACUUGAAGCUUUGAAAACCAGCUUGAAAAAUAAUGACAUUGGAAAAAUAUCAGAACUUUUAGAAUGUCAAACAAGUUUUAUUACUAAUGAAGCUGGAAACAUAAUUAACCUUCUAGGAAUGGAGCUCACUAAAUUUAAUUUCUUAAAAAAACGAAAUUAUUUUGAUUUUUGUGAAUUACAGUUGCUUAACUUAGCAAAAAAUAUAAAAUUUCAAGAUAAUAUUUUUGAUUUUCUGGAAUUAGUUGAAUCAAAUAAUUGUAGAUUACUGUCUUCGGUUUCAGCUGCUGUAGCUAUUAUAAAUACUAUGGAAAAUCCAGAACAUAUUUAUAUAGAGUAUUUACUUAUUGGGACUUUUAAUCAUUUAAAUGAAUUGGAUGUAAAUUGUUUACAAACUAAUUUUCUACCCACUAUACAAAUCUUAACAAAAUUAGAUGAACAAAUACAAAAAGAAUUGUCAACAUUAUUUUAUUUUACUAAAUUAUCUUAUUUAGUGUUACAGAUAGAUAUUAAUCCUCUUGAAUAUCUAAAUAUUAUUAGUGAUAUUAUCUUUGAUCCAUUUUAUUUGCUAGAAUAUGAAUUUGAACAAUCUGAAGAUGAAGAUCAGGAAAUCAAAUUUAUCGCUUCAUUUUUCUAUCUUUAUUUUAAAACUGGUAAAUUAUGGAAUCCAAAAAUUUAUAAUCGUUUUUAUAUUCUUCAAAAAAUAUCUUAUUUAGCUCUAUCUGUUUUUGAUGAUGACGAUUUUGGAAAAUCAUUUACUAAAUUAAUUUUAAUGAAGUAUAAAGAUAAUGAAAUCCCCUUAUACAUGCUAAAUAAAUGGCAUGAAAAGUUUUUUAUGGAGGCUGCACAUAAUUCUUUAUACAAUGAAUCAUUAAGUACGAGAAGAGAUUCUUUUGAAAUAUUGAUGAUUUUUUUUGAUAAAUUAAAUGAAGAAGCUCAGUAUAAUGUAUUUAGAAAGACUUUUUCAAAAUUAACUGAUUCUGGUCUUAAAGCAGAAUUAAUAAUUAAAAUUAAACAAAUCAUUUUUUCAAGAAUAAAAAAUCAAAAAAAUCUUGUCUAUUUUAGUGGAAUUCUCCUUUUGAAAAUAGUACAACAAUGUUGCGAAAUAACUGAUGGUAAUGAAUGUAAUGUUGUUGAAAAUAAAGAACAUGUUUUAGCUGCCAUAACACUUGUUUAUGUAUUAUAUGGAUAUAAUGGUGAUGGAUUUAAAUUUGAUGAAUUAUUUACUAAUUUUGCAAAAAAUUUUGCCUCACUCGUCCAGAGUGCUAUAAAUUAUACUACAGAACAAUACAAAUUAGAAAGUAUGAAAUUAAAUAGCUCAAAAAUCAUCAAUGAUAAUAAUUCUUUAGUUCAAAUUCAAAAUAUAGAUCUUCCAAAACUAACUUUGAGUGAAAAACAAGAUAUGCUCUCUCAAUAUAAUACUACUCUAAAAUUGAUUCAGUCUAAUUUGGAUUUAUUCAAAAGCAUUAUUCAAAAUAGAGGAUAAUUAAACAUACUUGCAUUAUUCAUUCAAUCAAUUCUUACAUAAAACUAUUACUUAUAAUUUUUAAAAUAGGUUAUUAUAUGUAAUUAUUUUAAUGAAA